AUGUCGUAUCUCGCCCAGCCAGCUGUCAGCCGUGGUGACGUCAAGUCCGCGCAGCACGGCGUCGUCGCCCUCGACGAAACCGUUAUAGGCCGUCGUGUCAGGGAAGUGGGCCAGGAUGCCGUUUUGCAGAUCGAGCACGAAGAGGGCUGUACUGGUCAUGGCAGGCAUAUGUGCGUAUGGGCUCCGGAUGCAGGAUGCAAGAUGUCGACCGGCACGAAUGGAGGAGCUGACCCGGAUGAGUCUUAUAAGAGUCUGCACCGGAGUUGGCUUGCCAUGGCCGGAGAUGACUCGUUGAUGGAAAAGGGCGCGGCUGCAGAGCCUGUGUCGGCUCGAGAAGGCCCAACGACCGAAGCUGCAGAAGCGCGAGAAAACGUCGAGCCGUCGCCUCAUUCAGUCUUUCCGCCGUGGCAGCGGGCCGCCUGCGUGUACAUGGCCUCUCUGGCAGCUUUCACGUCGCCGGUCUCGUCCAGCAUUUACUACCCGGCCAUGCAGACGAUUGCCGCCGACCUGCACGUGUCCCUGACCAAGAUCAGUCUGAGCAUCACGACGUAUAUGAUCCUCCAGGGUGUUGCUCCCACGCUCACCGGCGGCUUCUCGGACCGUGUUGGCCGUCGCCCGGCCUACAUGCUCUGCUUCGGCCUCUUCAUCGCCGCCAACAUCGGCCUUGCUCGCCAGACCGACUACGCCGCCCUCCUGGUGCUGCGCGCCCUGCAGAGCGCCGGCAGCAGCGGCACGGUCGCGCUGUCGAGUGCCACGGUCGCCGAUGUCGCCACGCGCCAGCAGCGCGGCCGCUACAUCGGCCUGGCCGCGCUGGGCAGCUCCAUGGGCCCGGCUCUGGGCCCGCUGAUCGGUGGUCUGCUCGACCAUUUUCUCGGCUGGCGCGCCAUCUUCUGGUUCCUGGCCGUGCUCGGCGGCGUCCUGCUGCUGGCCAUCUUGACCUGCAUGCCUGAGACCUGUCGCAACGUCGUCGGCAAUGGCGCCGUGCCGCCGCAGCCCUGGAACCGGCCCCUGCUUGUUGUGCUGCGGGAUCACCGCCGCAAACGAAGCAUGAUGACUAAGCAAGAACCCACACCCACCAUCGCCAGCCUCGCCCACAAGAAGCGUCCCGGUCUGCUGUCGACGAUCCCGAUCCUACUCGACCGCGAGUCUCUCCUGACGCUCUUCUACAGCGGCCUGCUCUACGCCGGCUACUACGUCAUCCUCACCGGUCUGCCCCGCCAGCUCGCCGCCACGUAUCACUACAACUCCAUCCAGGUCGGCCUCUGCUAUCUGCCGCUCGGCCUCGGCCCCAUGCUCUGUCGGCCAUUCAUCGGCCGCCUCAUGGACGCCAACUUUCGGCGCCAUGCCCGCGCUGCUGGCGUCGACUCCUUCGCUGAUGACCGCCAGCUCAGCAUCGACAAUAUCCCCGUCGAACUGGCCCGCCUGCAGCUGUCUCUCGUCGUCGUCUACGGCCUCUGUGCCGUCAUCAUCCCCUACGGGUGGGUCAUGAACCUCAGACACCCGCCGCUGGCCGCCGUCCUCGUACUGCUCUUCAUCGUAGGCGUUCUCCUCUCGGCCGCCUUCCAGCCCCUCACCGCUCUCAUCGUCGACAUCAACCCCCGCAGCCCGGCCGCUGCCACGGCUGCUCAUCAGUUUGUCCGCUGUCUGCUCGGUGCCGCCGGCGUCGCUACCGUCAAUCCCAUGCUCGACAGCCUCGGCCGUGGCUGGACUACCACCCUAAUUGCCCUGCUCUGGGCCGUCAUGAGCGUCUGCUGGUGGAUCGUCAUCCUCAAGGGGCCGAAAUGGCGCAGGGAAAAGAAAGAGAAGAAGGAGAGGGAGGCCGAGGAAGCUGCCAAAGUCGCUUCAUCCAGUCGGUUGCAGGCAAUCAGACCCUCUAGACCUCUAGACCUCUAG